CUCCAACUUACGGGAAUCACAUCUCCUCCGGGCUCUCGGACGGACAGACAGAGGGACAGACAGACGGACAGAGACACUCAGGAUGGAUAUCAAGGAAGGGGACAUGAUAGACAGGGGCGCGUCUGCCAGUGGGGUGGUGGUGCAGGUCAGAGAGAAGAAGGGGCCCCUGAGAGCCGCUAUACCCUACAUGCCCUUCCCUGUAGCCGUCAUCUGCUUGUUCCUCAAUACUUUCGUACCGGGGCUCGGAACCUUCGUGUCGGCUUUCACCGUGCUCUGCGGGGCCAGAACAGACCUCCCCGACCGGCACGUGUGCUGCGUGUUUUGGCUGAACAUCGCGGCGGCCCUUAUCCAGAUCCUCACGGCCAUCGUGAUGGUGGGCUGGAUCAUGAGUAUAUUCUGGGGAAUGGACAUGGUAAUUCUGGCAAUCUCGCAAGGUGGAUUCCAUCUGAAGACAAGACCUGAGGUCUCAAAAGUUUACGUGACUUGUUAUGCCCUGUACGCGCACAUAUACACCGCUACAAAGACCAAGGCAUCCCUCAACAAUUGUAACAACAACAGGACGUUUACCCGCUGGAUUCCCAGCGUCGGACUUGGCUUUGAAGCCGAUGUAUAUACAAGUCGACCUCCAUAUCAGGCCUGCCGGCGACACGACGGCGUCCGGUGGACGAAAACCAUUUGA